CUUAGCCACCAAGAAAAGCCAACAAGACUCCUCGAUCACCUUCUACAUAACUCUCCACUUGCCUCCAUCUUCAUCAGCAAAAGAACAAACACUCUUUACACACACACACACACUUCACAAGGAGCGGUUUCAAUAGAAACACUAAGAAGGAGAUAAAACCCCGCUAUGAGCACGGAUUGGGGACCGGUGAUUGUAGCGGUGUCUCUGUUCAUCCUACUAUCACCAGGCCUACUGUUUCAAAUUCCAGCAAGGACGAGAGUGGUUGAGUUCGGGAACAUGAGCACGAGUGGUAUCGCUAUCUUGGUCCACGCAGUUAUAUGCUUUUGCAUACUCACAAUCUUAGUGAUUGCUAUACAAGUUCACAUCCAUUUCUGAUCUCUCUGAUCUCUUCAUAUCACGUAAAUAUAAGUAACAAAAAAGAAGAGAGUUCACUGGAAACUGAAAUGUAAUGUUCUCUUAAUUGUCUCUGUUCUUUGGCUUAACCGUGCGACAGAAAGUAAGCAACUUUUGUCUGAA